GUUCUAGGCUUUGUUGCCUUAUACAUGCUUCUUUUUCGCUGUUGUUUUGUAUAUGUAGUUAGUUUGUCGGUUCUGGUCUUUUUGGAUGUUGGGUUUUUUGUAUAGUGCACAAUUCCGUUUGAUGUUGUUGGGUACAUCUGUUAUGGUUGAUCUUUCUUUAUGGGAUAUUUGAUCUAUGCUUCCUCUACACCUGAAUUUUGGUGCUGCUGAUUUUGAUCCCACCUAGCACUUGAAGGGAGGGUUUUGAGACGUUGGAAUCAAAUUGUGUGGAUUCACUAAAUUUCAGAGCUUUUGUUUAUUUAUUUUGCUUUAUAGUGCAACCUUGUAGCUGUGAUUUUUAAGGUAAUGGAUUUCAUGAAUCUAAUAUUUUGAUCCCUAUGUCUCUAAACCCUAAUCUAUCAGGGUGGAGUUUUCCUUUAAUUUUUAUGGGUGUGAUUUGUAUUUCUUUAGGAUAAAAAAAAUUCUGAAUUCUCUCGUCCAAUUUGUAUGUAUAUGUAUGUAUGUAUGAUCCAAAAAUCAUUUCUCAAUUUGGAAUCAUGUAUUUUUAACGACACAGUACAUAUGUGAAGCCCUAGUUAAUAACUUCUUUUUUUCCUGUAAAAAGAGACCUUAAUUUGAUGGCAACGUGGUUAAAGAAACGGUCUCGAAAACUGCCAAUAUUGUCACCGGUGUCGCCCCUACCACCGCCACCGGUACCGGAGAUGCAACAACAAAGUGGCGACAACAUGUAUAGUUUAUCAACAAGGCGUAACCACAAGAAGGCAAAACUACAAGAAGUAGUUGCGACGACUUGUCAAAUUAGAAGUUGGAAUGAAAUGGACCAUGACAUAUUGGUUAUGAUAAUGAACAAGUUAGUGAAAUCACUUGGGUGGCGGACAUUGGAUGAUAAUACCAUGUAUUUCUGCAAGCCAUGGCUGUUGGCCCUCCUCGAUGCUCUCUUUCCUCCUGGAACAACUCUUGAUCUCCAUUCCUAUGACAAAUUUCCCCCAGAUAGUUAUUGCAAUCGUGCACGUGGAAGGUAUUUUUUUCUUCUCCACUUGGCGCUUGGUCCUUUUCGACCUCAAAACCAUUACACCAAGGUUUUGUUUGGCGAAUUACCCGCUGAUUUCUUUCCAUGGGAAUAUUUUGGUUCAAGGUUGCCUCUGGUAAGAAGUAUCUCAUUUCCUACUACUAGCAUCGACCAAUUUUUUGUUGUGGGGGCACUUCUACCCUGGAGAAAUUUGGAAGAAGUGUGCUGCAAUGAUACAAUAGUUAAGUGCCUUGCUAGAUUCUGCAAGCGUAUUCAUAGUCUAACCCUUUUUGGGCGCAUAAGCUCUCCCACUGCUUCUUUGAUUGCAGAAAACUUCCCUGCACUAAAGCGUUUGAUGAUUUCAUCAUGUGUUUUGUCAGUCAAUGCAUUGCCAACUAUUUUGGAUGGGCAAAAGAAACUUGAAUAUCUAGAUACUAGCCAUUGUUUUUGUGUUGAUGAGAAACAUUUGUAUAAAAAACAGGCGAGGGCAAAGGAAUGGAAAGAAGAGAUAUAUGUGAAGGCCGCAAAAAAUAUCAAAAUACAUUUGCAAUGUGCAAGGGAAAAUUGUCCUCCUUGUUCUCACCUGUAUAGAUAGAUAGUUCAAGUUGUUUUAAUUAAUUUGGUUAAGUUGACACUUUGUAGGUAGGUUGCAACGACAAUAUUUUUGGUCUGUUUUAUUCUUGUAAGAACUCAUCCACAUUAAGAUGUUUGGAAUUUGUGUUGCUGUCAACUUGAGAUUGUCUAAAUUAAAGGAACAAGUUUCUCAA